AUGAAGCCAAGGAUUCUGCUGACCUUACUGACGCUCAUCAGCUCAUGUUUGUGUAAUGGCUCUGAACUGGCUUUCCUUACGGAACCCAGCGAUGUGAUCGCGGUACGGGACAGACCCCUAAUGCUGGACUGCAGGGUGGAAGGAGAGGGUCCCAUCACAGUGACGUGGCAUAGGAACGGAGCACCUCUGCUCACGGAAGUUGGCAGUCGGGCGAAGGUCCUGUCCAAUGGCACGCUCCUGAUCCGCAGCUUCCAAAAGAGGAGAGAGGGCGAUGCAACGGAUGCUGGGGAAUAUUACUGCGCUGCGCAGAAUCACUACGGCAUGCUGGUCAGCCGCAAGGCCCGAGUGCAACUUGCAUCUCUUCCAAAGUUCCACACUCAUCCAGAGUCAAUGUCAGUGGAUGAGAGAGGUGUUGCACGUUUCCAGUGCCAGGUCAACAGUAUUCCUGAAGCCAGCAUCACUUGGGAGAAAGAUCGUGUUGCGCUUGGAACAUCUGAUGACAGGUACACGCUUCUCCCAAUGGGAAUUCUUCAGAUCACAGGAGUGAAGAAAUCAGAUGCUGGAUUUUACCGCUGUGUUGCCACCAAUAUAGCCAACACCCGCUAUAGCCAUGAAGCUUACCUCAACGUAACCGGAGGAACCUCUCGCACCUACAGGGAGCCGGUCAUUCUAUCUGGCCCUCAGAACCUCACCAUCACCAUUCAUCAGACAGCCAUCCUGGAAUGUAUCGCCACUGGAAACCCUCGGCCCAUCGUGUCUUGGAGUCGACUUGAUGGCAGAUCAAUCGGAGUGGAGGGCAUACAAGUGCUUGGUACCGGAAACCUGAUGAUCUCUGAUGUCUCCCUUCAACAUUCUGGGGUGUAUGUGUGUGCCGCCAACCGGCCUGGUACCAGGAUGAGGCGUACCGCAUUGGGAAGGCUUGUAGUGCAAGCUCCUCCAGAGUUCAUCCAGUGGCCGCAGUCAGUGUCAAAGCCAGCAGGGGGCAGUGCUGUGUUCACAUGUGUCGCUCAUGGAGUUCCUGAACCUCACAUCAUUUGGCUGAAAAACGGAAAGAUCCUCACUCCUGGAGAUAAUGUGAAACUUACCAAUAAUAACAGCACGCUGGCUGUGACUCGCAUCACGUCAGAAGACGAGGCGAUAUAUCAGUGCAUCGCUGAAAACAGUGCCGGCACUAACCAGGCCAGCGCCCGUCUCGCUGUCUCUCCUGCCAAGGAUCUUCCUGAUCCCCCUCACGGUCUGAAAGCCACGGCUCUGUCUAAAACCACCCUGCAGCUCUCUUGGACUCAGCCCCCUGCUGAAGUCACCGACGCCAUCAUCGGAUAUGUCCUCCACAUCCGGAAAUAUGGUGAGCCUGAUAGUAAAGAGUUACAGGAAGCAGUUAUAAAGACAACAUUCCAGCAUGACCUCACAAAUCUUGAUCCCGCCACCACUUACUCCAUCUACCUGAAGGCCUAUUCUCCUCUGGGUGCCAGUGAACAGUCCAGCACUGUUGUAGCUACAACACUAGGUGGCGUCCCCAGUGCACCUACAUUUUUCACCAAAGCAAUAAACACAACAGCGGUGCAGGUCCUGUGGGAGCUGCCUAGUAAGCCUGGCAAAACAGAGGGUUUCCGUCUGACCUACCGCAGGGUCCCCAUCGGACUGAUGCAGGGGCCAAUUGAGUUGCCAUGCCAUGUCAACGCACACACCAUCUCUCAUCUCGACCGCGGGGCUGUGUAUGAAGUCAAACUGGUGGCGUACAAUGGCAAUGGAGAGAGCGACUGUUCAAAGAAACUGGUUUCACUGGCUGAGGAUGGAACGAGUGCUAAAACCAGUGAAGGGGAGGAAUCCAAAUGUGACUGUAGGGGGGUUGAGAGCUCACUCAGCAGUAUUGUGAUAGGCAUCCACAUUGGCUUGGCUUGCAUCAUUUUCUGCGUGCUCUUCCUCAUGUUUGGAUAUCGCCGCAGUUUUCUCUGCAGAAAGGGGACACAGGACAGCUGGUCUGUCCCACGGGGUGGAGAUGGACACCACACUCAGAUUAAUAACAUCCCUAAGGAAGCAGUGACACUUCCCGUUCAAGGCAUUGAAUUAGUGCCACAGGAUCCUAAUACCGAUCAACAGGCCCAAUGCCAGGUUCUUAUAGAGCAGCACUCGUCCGGUCUGCCAGGCACAGGCACUGGUUAG